CUCACACAGAACCGUUAUGUGUUGUUGGUAGCUCGUUACCUCUGCAUCAUCAUCAUCAUCCUCAUCAUCCCGUGUACCGGAGAAACGGACGCUAAUGUAACACUGCGCGUCUCCGCUGACGCUGCGCCGCUGCACAUCCGCGCACGGCUGCACCGCGACAGUUCGCAGAGACGUGCUGCUCUCCUCUCGCACUCGCGCUCGAGCCUCAGUGGGGUCUGUACCGCACGCUCCUCCACAAUGGAGACUAAACCGGUCAUCACCUGCCUGAAAACCCUCCUCAUCGUGUACUCCUUCGUCUUCUGGAUAACAGGAGCCAUCCUGCUGGCAGUGGGAGUAUGGGGGAAGUUGAUGCUGGGCCCGUACAUCUCUCUGAUCGCCGACAACUCCACCAACGCCCCGUACGUCCUCAUCGGCACCGGGACCGUCAUCAUUGUCUUUGGCCUGUUCGGAUGCUUCGCCACCUGCAGAGGAAGCCCAUGGAUGCUGAAGCUGUAUGCCAUGUUCCUGUCGCUCGUCUUCCUCGCCGAGCUGGUGGCCGGGAUCUCUGGAUUCGUGUUUCGCCAUGAGAUAAAGGGGACCUUUCUCAGGACGUACACCGACGCAGUGCUGAACUACAACGCCGAGGACGAGGCGAGCCGCGCCGUGGAUAACCUGCAGCACAGGCUGCGCUGCUGUGGAGUGUAUAACUACACCAGUUGGUUUGGCAGUGUGUAUUACCCGUCCAACGGCAUCCCUGCCAGCUGCUGCUUCAACUCCUCCGACUGCAACCCGGACGCCCUCCGCAACACAACUCUAGCCCCGAGCAAGGUCUACCACCAGGGCUGCUACGAGCUGGUCACUUCCUUCAUGGAGACCAACAUGGCCAUUAUUGCAGGAGUGACGUUUGGGAUCGCCUUCUCACAGCUGAUAGGCAUGUUGCUGGCCUGCUGUCUGUCCAGGAUCAUCACAGCCAAUCAGUAUGAGAUGGUUUAGCUGAUGUGACGUGGCAGGGAGAUGAAGAGAAGAAGAGACGAAGAGCCUCGACACACCACGAGAGUAACUUCACCGAAACACUUUCACGCGCCUGACUUGGAAUUGACCUCCCUCCGUCUCUCUGCCUGUGAUCUUCAUGUAAUAUCUUAAUGUAUCUCACUGUAAAGCACCAUUCCUCGACUCACCGCUGUUGCAUCAAAGCGUUCUAUAGCACACAUCCCACCGCCGCUUGAUGUAGAGAGUUUGCUCGUUAGCGCGCGUCUCGGAUCAGUGCGGCCCACCCCGAGCGGCGCUCGUCUCCGAUUGGUUGAUUUGGGUGGUACUCGGCUUCUCGGGGCGGCUGCAGCAUGCUCCACCGAGCGUCAUCAGAAGACCACCGCUCAUGUUUGUACAGAACGCCAUUACUGAGGCUUGAGAGUAACACUUUAAUAGAUAGGUUUAGUUUUGCAUUUGACUUUGCUAUUGCUCGCCACUGUAUAUUCCGAUGGUCGUGACAUUUUGUGAACUCACCUUGUGCACUGGGAGGAUAUUUUAAAUUCAUAUGAAACUUAAAGGAGCUGACUUACAUAUUUCUACCUGUAGAUGAGGCAUGCUAUUGUUUUGACCUGAUAAUCCAACCCAAACGCAGAUUACGAUGUGAACUGUGUGAUAAGAUUGUAAUUCGCUAUCAAAUACAGCUUUCGCCCGCGAUCAAUAGACAAGAACACAGAUUCCAAAUGGGAAGCUUUACUGCCCCUAGUUACUUAAUAUAAUAACAUACAUAUAUUAUACUUAAUGUAACUCAAUUAUAUAUAUAUAUUUUUUUUUUUUUUUGAGGGGGGGAGAAAACUUACCAAACAAAUACACGCCGGUUGUGGAAUAAAUCAACUGAAGGCAGAGUCACACCAGAAAUUGAUGUUUCAGUCUCUCGGAGGCAAACUGGGCGACAAGUCCAAGCAGUUCAUCCAUAAAGUCGGAGUUGCACCCUCGGCUCCUUCUCAUAACUGUCUGCAGGUCCAUUUUGUGGAGCAUCUUAUACGCCCACGGGGGAGGGUCAAUAAAAGCGGAUGGCGCUACACCGCUUAUAUGCUGCAAUAGCUCCCUCAAUGUUGCCCCUCUAUUGUUCCCCGAAAGGCCAGUUCUGCUUUUCCAUCUGUCAGGAUGACUUGUUAUAGGUCAGGGGCGCAAAUUGGCUUUUCAUUGAAAUUAAUUGAUUUCGCCACAGAAAACCUGUUUUUUUUGUAAACGCCGGUGUGACCCGGUCCUUCCAGGCCCCCCGAGUCCAGCCCAACGCUCGGUGGUCUGAGGGAUUGGUGAGCUUCAAACCGACGUUAGUGAGGCGGGAUGGGAAACCGUAGGAGAUGCAGAGAAUCACACGGAUAACCGAGCACACUUUCUCCUCUCUCUGGCAUUCGUGGAGCGUGACACCCGGCUGUCGGGGGAAAUGUGACGGAUUCUCCUGCGUGAAUAAUAAAGGAGAGAGAAAGAGAAGGUUACGUCCCUCCACCGUUCACACCUCCGCACACCUGGCCGGGCUGCGCGCCGCUCGGCGGUCCAACAAGCACUUCGUUUGACGCAUUCUCAGGAAUAUAUUUCAGAGCUCGUCUCGUGGUUUCACCGAAAAGUAACUGACUGAAUUCCCUAAAAAGCCAAGUUACUUCGACUUAGACAAGGAUCCUAAAGGAGUCUAAAGGUUCGAAUAUGUUUCUGUUCGGGUCACAUCAAAUCAUAUCAAUUGUGAAAUUACCGAGAUAUGCAGGACUCCAACAGUGUUCAUCUAGAAUUUACAGUAUCCUAUACAGCGCAUGAACACGCCAUAAUCAUCAUCAUAAUCAUCAUCAUCAUCAUCAUCAUCAUCAUCAUCAUCAUCGCCACCUGUAGAUAUUUAUGGGAAAUGUAAUUUAUAUGAUGUAAUGUUUCUCAUCCUAAUAUGCUAAUCGGUAUAAUUGUCAUGUCCCCGUUUUGAUUCCGCACAACGUGCCGUUAGUCGUACUUGGGUUGAUUAGUUUGUAGAAAAAACUCGCACUGGAAAAAUAAUUGUGGCCAAUGUUUUUGUUGAGAGUGACGUGCAACCUGUAGGUGUUUCAAUUUUUAGCUGUACAUUUAUUAUGUUUGGUUAUCUCCAAGUUUACACCACAGAGUGAUUUUCUAUCGCUCUUUCAGUAUGCGUGCAUGUGAGUGAUCCUUCUGUCUUUCCUUUGACUUUCUCCUAAACCUCGAGUGUGUAUUUUCCUAGUGUGUGUGUGUGUGUGUGUGUGUAUGUGUGUGAGAGAGAGAGAGAGAGAGAGAGAGAGAGAGAGCGUGUUUAGAUUUCGUGGAUCCCACUGUCUUUACUUUUGGUCAGUAUUGGGUUGAACGUUUAUUUAAGUGGAUGUAUGUUUUUCUGUCCACAAACUGAUAUUGUCCUGUAAAUACUAAACUGUAAUACCAUCCUGCUUACACAUGGGGUCACCAAACACUGGAAAGGAAUUGCGCCACGCUGUCUGCUAUCAGUCACCAUCAGUGGUCUUAUUAUCAAUAAAUAUACAGAAUAAC